GUCCGAAUCCCGACAUCAUCGAUCCGCACUGGGAGCACGCAGUGUGUUAGCUUAAACAGAACUAACGUGAGCGGUGAUGAUUUUUCUAACUUCUAGAUAAACCGCAGCCACAUAAAAAUGACAGACUACGCCGAGGAGCAAAGGAAUGAGCUUGAAGCGAUAGAGUCCAUCUACCCAGACUCGUUUACAGUGCUUUCAGAUGACCCGACCAGCUUCACCAUCACUGUAACAUCAGAUGCAGGGGAAAAUGGUGAAACUGUGGAAGCAACAUUAAAGUUCACAUAUGUAGAGAAAUACCCAGAUGAGCCACCGCUGUGGGAGAUCUACUCCCAGGAGAACCUAGAGGACAGUGACGUGGAGGACAUCCUCACCUUACUUCAGCAACAGGCAGAAGAGAACCUAGGCAUGGUGAUGAUUUUCACCCUGGUAACAGCUGUUCAGGAUGCACUCAACGAAAUUGUGGAUGUGAUGAAAAACAGACGGGAAGAGGAGAAACAGCGGAGAGAGAGAGAAGCAGAGGAAGCAGAGAAGGUAGCGUUCCAGGGUACAGUGGUAACCAUUGAAAACUUCCUGGCGUGGAAAGCCAAGUUUGACCUGGAAAUGGCUGAGCUGAGGAGGAAAAGACAGAAAGAGGAGGAGCAGGCCGGAAAACCCAAGCUCACCGGUAAACAGCUGUUUGAGAGAGACCACAACCUGGACACAUCUGACAUUCAGUUCCUUGAAGACGCUGGAAACAAUGUUGAAGUGGACGAGUCACUUUUCCAGGACAUUGAGGAUCUGGACUUGGAUGAGGACGACCAAGACUUUGACCCUUUAGAGAUGGGCAGUGAUGAGGACUGCUGAGGACCAUGGAAUAUGAUCAUCUGACCAGACACAUUAAGAAGAUCCAACAGCUACAUUUUUUUUUUUAAAGACUCACAGCAGUUGGAGAGGGACUCUUCAUAAAUACAACAUAUACACCAUGAGUGUUCGUUUCUAUACCAGAACAAUUAAAUUUAGAGAAAUGUGUGAA